AUGUCCGGAACAGAAGAGUCCUCUUACGUUACCUUGGUAUCGGCUGACAACCAUAAGUUCAUUGUACUCAAGGAGGUUGCGCUGAUUUCAUCAGUGUUGAGAAGUACCCAAGGUUUUGGUGAAGGGAGAACGGGUAAGAUCUCCUUGGACAUGGACGGUGAUAUCCUCGAGUGCAUCGUGGAUUACCUUUACUACCACUACAAGUAUAAGGACUUGGCAGAAUCGGGAAAUAUACCUGAGUUCAAUAUACCUACUCAUCUUGCAUUAGAACUUCUAGUGAAGGCCGAUUUCUUAGAUAUUUAAGUGGAUAGCUGUCGAAAAAAGACUCACAAGAUAUCUCCUUUACUUGUCAAGUACGAAGUCACAUCACCGUGAUACGUGAAUUGACGAAUAGAUAGCCAAACUACUGGAUCAGCUUCCGAGACAUAAUUGGAUUGCUCAGAAAGGCUUGCCUCUUUACGACGGGACGAACGUGUAUAAUCAUAUCAAAAACAAAAACAAAUACAUAGUCAACAAUGAUAUAGCCAGAAAUAUACUAUCUAGUGCUUACGCUUGUUUGUAG